AUGCCUACGAAAUUGUGUUAUUUUGGCUUACCUAUGCAUCGUUUUCCAAAACCUGGCUAUUAUAACGAAGCUAGAUUUAAUAUAACUUUGGAUAGUAAAAACUCCGAAACUGCAAGUUCUACUGAAGAAACUUUACCAAAGGCCUCUACUUCAAAGGAAGCAUAUCAAAUUGGAAAACAGUCUAAACCUCAAAAACAAAGAGAACAAUAUCUAAUCAGCAUUCAAGUGGUCCAUAAGAGCGGUUACAGUGAUAUAAUUUUAGUGCGCCAUACUGUUCUAGAAUGUGGAAAACUGCUUCUCUCGGCGAAAGCCAUCGAGUUUGAGCUGGAUGGAGGAUUUUAUGAGGCUUUAGAUCUAAGAACUGCUGAAACUCUUAGAAUUCCAGUUCUUUUGGAGCUGUUAUGA